UCUCUCUCUCUCUCUCUCUCUCUCUCUCUCCAAAAAUCAUUCUCUGGUAUCUUUCUCUCUCCCCCCAACAAUCGUUAGGUGUUGUCAAGCCGGCGUUUCAGACAAUUGAUGGCCUUUUCAAACUUGUGCAGCUCUUGAAGCUGUCCACAAGUUGGUGUCUAAAGAAUCUCUCAUGCACUUGCCCCAGCCCCAGGAGUUGAUCGACUACAAUGCCAAAUAUAACUGUAACACCCCGUCCCACAUCGGAAGUCUACAUGGAUGAUCUUGGGCAUAUAACAAACCUUGUGGGCUACUACUAGUACCUUGUGCUUGAGCUUUUGGGCCAUGUGGUGUGGCUUGUAGAUCAAAAUUAAGGUAUUGGGCCAGUGGUCUGCUCGGGGCGUUACAGGUGGUAUCAAAGCCAUCCAUGUGCACGACCAUGUGGGCCUUGGAGUUUGGUUUGAUUUGGUUGUUGGUUUGAUUUGUAUUGGUGAUUAUAAUACUCAACCCCUCUCGAGGGCGCGAGGCUAUAAAGUUGGGGAGAUUGUAACACCUCGUCCCACAUCGGAAGUCUACAUAGAUGAUCUUGGGCAUAUAACAAACCUUGUGGGCUACUACUAGUACCUUGUGCUUAAGCUUUUGGGCCAUGUGGUGUGGCUUGUGGAUCAAAAUCAAGGUAUUGGGCCAGUGGCCUGCUCAGGGCGUUACAAUAACCUAGUGAAACCAAACGAAUUUUGAAAGAAUGAACAAAUGUUUCUUGGGGGGUUGGGUUCUAGCUUUACGGCUGUACAGUGGGCGGCUAGAUACAAGAUUUCGUUGGAGAAGGAUUAUCCCUACAGGGGUAUCCACAAGUCGCUCAGUUCCUCACUCAGCAGACGAGUAAUCAAUUGGUACAUUUGCCAGCAAAAUCAAUAUAUGUUCAUUAUGGAUUCUAAAGGUAUAACCUGGGUGGGAAAUGUAUAUCAAAAGUUUGAAGCUAUGUGCUUGGAGCUGGAAGAAGCUGUGUGUCAGGACACAGUUAAAUUUGUUGAAAAUCAGGCGCAGACGGUAGGUUCUAGUGUCAAAAAGUUCUACUCAGAUGUCAUGGAGGAUUUGCUUCUUCCAUCUUCCAUAGAUCCUGUGAAAUUAGCUGCUGCAGAUUUGUCUCUGAACCCAUAUGCUGAUUUUGGGGUCUAUAAGAAGUCAAAAGCCAGCAUCAAGAAAGAUUCUAUAAAGCCAGAUAAGAAAGGUUCCGAGGACUCAAAUGUGAUUUCUGGUCUGAAUACAGAUUAUAGCUCAUCUUUCAGUGGUCUUCACGAUGUCAAUCGUAUGCAGCCACCAUACUCAAUGGGCCCAGUCAAGGGAACGGGGUUGGAGCUGUGUUUGGAACAAAAUGAGCGCAUAGGUGCUUAUAAAAGGAAAUCUAGAAAGUACAAUCAUAUGCCAUCAGAAAUUCCAAGGUCGACCACUCCCAUGUCAAAAGAUACGAGCAAGGUGUCAUUGAAUUGUGGAAAAACAAAGAAUCAUGGAGUAAUGUGUGGCCAGAUUGCUAUGCUAUCCAGCCCAGCUGCAGUUGAUGGUACAGGAUGUCCUUCUAUUGGAGCGAAAUCUCAUACAAAUGUUUCUGGCUCGUCAGCUGUGUCUACAGGAGGUGAUACAAUUGAUACCUCAACACCCAGUAUGAUGUUACCGGUUGAAUCUGCGGCGAAUAAUCAAACAAAGCUGAGAUGUACUACCUUGAACGGUGGGCCUGACUUGUUAGCGGCAGAACUAAAUGGCGCAUGUGCUAAUAGUGGAGUGGUUUCUCCAGUUGGAUCAGGCAUUAGUGAAGAUCGGCAGUACUUUGAAAAAGCUAGUGAUGACCGUUUGUCCCCUGCAGGUGCCUGUAAGUUGGAUGGAAAUGAUUACAGGAAUGUACCAGUGGAGGCGGGGCUUGGAACUUCUAAUGAACAGUUGGACAGGUCAAUGCUAGAGGAAACCUGUGUAUUGGUGGACACACAAGAAAUUUGUCCUGCCACUCAAAGGAAAGAUAAGCCUAGGUCAUACAAGAAAAAGAUUCAGAAGGCUUUCUCUUCAAAGAGGUCAGCAAGGAAGCAGGAGUAUGAGCGGCUUGCAGUGCAACAUGGAGACUUGGAAGUCGAAUCAAACCAAGAAAGUGCAGAAAGUUUGGUGCUUGUAUUUACAAUUGAAGCAGACAUAAAGAAAUUGCCACCUCAUGGCAAUAAUGAAUGUGAUUGGGAGCUUCUCUAGAUGCCAGUAAUCAAGAAGGCCCUACCGCCUAUGUAAGUAAACUUCCACUUAAACCUAAAUGGACAAUGGACGCUAUAAGUUACUCCUUCAGAACAAUGGAAUUGCAGUGGGCAAAAUAGCAAACAACCCACCUUCCUGUGUUUUACCUACUUGCUAAUUUAUAAUUGUCAGUGCCCAUUUAUGUCUCAUGGCUCUGGUUACACACUGCUUUACCUCAUAGAAGGCAACCCUUUCAUAGGUAAUGGUAUUCAUGGUUUUCGUAUAUAAAAAUCCUUUUCUUAUUGC